CAGGCGCACUCAUAGCCGCCGCGUCCGCCGCGUCCCAGGCUGAGGUUUCCCGGUGGAGGCGGUUUACAGAGGAGGAAGCAGAAGGCCAGAGAAGGCGAGUUUGAUGAGAGAAAUCGGAACCAGACUUCAGAGGGCCUUGGGUGAAGAACAUUCCACAGAAGUUUUGGAAAAGAGGGGUGACAGGGGACAGAGGUCUUGCAGAUGGCCCCACUGCCGGGGGCGGAGCUGGUCCAGAGGCCGCUGCAGCUCUACCGAUACCUACUGCGCUGUUGCCGGCAGCUGCCAACCAAGGGCAUUCAGGAGCAUUAUAAGCAUGCGGUCAGGCAGAGUUUCCGGGUUCAUUCGGAUGAAGACAACCCAGAGAGGAUCCAGCAGAUUAUUAAAAGAGCCAUUGAAGAUGCCGACUGGAUCCUGAACAAAUAUAAAAAACAAAACUGAGACUCCAGGGCCUAAAGAGUGAAGCUGCCUUGCAGAUGCUGACACUGGGAGCCCUCGCUUCGCCUGGCGCUAACACAGCAGCAGUUUGGAAUACACUGGCCUUGUGGGCCAGGAGCAGGAAAUCAGGGGUAGGAGAAGCUGACAUUUGCUCACACGGCUCGUCUCACCAUGUUUGUGUCCCCAGCGUCCUUGGUGCGUGCUUUUCCAGCUGGUGAUGGGAGAUUUGGGGAGAAUGUGUUUUCUCACUUUGCUCUGAAAGUGAUUCAUUUACUCUGGACUUCAUUCGUGGAGACCCAGGGCUGGCGUCCCCUCAGAUGGCAGCCUGAGAGGACAGGGCAUGGGCUUUGGAAGCAGACAGACCUGGAUUUGAAUCCCAGCUCAGCUGCUUUUUAAGGGUGUUGGCUUUGAGCCCAGUUUCCUCCUUUGUGAGGAUUAAAUAAGGUGAAAUCAAGAGCCUGACGCUGGACACAGCACAUGGUGGGGCCCCUAAACCUCCCCUGGGGAAGCUGUGCUCCGCGGUGGCCCGCACGUCUCUCUGGUACCCUCCACACCAGGUCUUAGUUCCUUGUGGGCUUGUCCUGGCCCACCUGUGGCCCCAGGCCCCCAAGCCAUCACAACUGCACAGUGUCCAGCGGUGCGCCCAGCAGCUGCUCUUUCUGACACCAACCUUCCCUGCCCAGAGAGGCCCUCACAGGGUUUCUAGUGUCCCAGAGGCUGGGACACAGCCUGCCUGAGACAAAGAGGAACGCCAGAGCAGCUGCAGUAGAUGCCGGCGUGUUCAGGCUGCUGUGAAGUUGCCAUCUGUUUUGACCUGUCCUUCCCUGCUUUGCCUCCAUCUCAGAAGGAAAGCUGGGGGAGCCUGCACGCAGUCAGGGCGUUAUUGUAAGCCUAACAUUGGUGGAGAAAGCAGACCUGGGUCACGUCCCAAUCCCACGCGAGUUACUCUUGGGCAGCUUGCUGCGCCUCCCUCAGCCUUGGUUUCCCCAUCUGUCUGUCCAGCAAGUAAUGCACGUGCCUGCCUCCUGGGGCCACAGUGAGGCAUCACGGGCCCUCAUGUGUGCCAAGUGCGUCACCCAGAACCAGCGGUGUGGCUGCCGCCAGCUGCCCCGUUAGGAGCCCUGCUGUGCAGCUGGGGAGAUGGGAGCUCAGAGAGGUUGAGCCCCUGUUCGAGGUCACCAAGCUACGAAGCCAAGUCUAUGAAUCUACCAAACACUCUAGAUUUAGGAGGAAGAGAGCACAGCAGAGAAAGAGGGGAAGGGAGGAGAGAGCAGCAGGGAGCAUCAGGGUAACUGGCCCCAGCAGGUCGAGCCGCCAGAAGAUGCGGAGAGAAGCCACAUCCGGGUGGGAGCAUCCCCCAAGGACUCAACCAGAGGAUGAGCUCGCAUGUGUGCCUUUGCAUCCUUGCAGUCGUGACUUAAAGUGACUCAGAUACGUCUGUCCCUCAGCUCAUCAGCAGAUGAUGAAGUAAAUGCAUGAGUAUGUGAAAGCUGGGGGGUAUGCUGUCCCUGCUGUGUGCUGUCAUACAAGGCGUUGAGGGUUAGACACAGAUAGCUGCCCAGGAAGGACCAUUCCUCAGAGUCUUAUUAAUUCAUUGAUCGAAAGGUCCAGUACUAGGUAAAAUAAAAUUUUAGAACUUGAA